AACCUUCUGCGUCAGAUAUUAGAAAAACAAAAUGGCGGAGAGCAACAGGAAUUUAUCUGCUUACCGACAGAGAUCGUCUCACGUACGAUCAGCAUCAUGGACAUACACACCAGGCAAUGGACAGAUAACUUUAUCGAACCUUAAUCCUUUAACAUCUGUGAUUCGCGAGUUUGUGCCUAGCUUUGGGUCGUCUGGAAGGACAGUAAACUCGAGAUCGACAUCAACGUCUCCCUUGUCUCCUAUGUCUCCUUCGACAUACGUGGACUUAUCUCACGCUCUAGGCUUCGAGACGGAGCCAGGACUUAAUCGUUAUGGAUCUAGAAUGCGAAACGACCCGGGGAGGUAUUCCCCAAACGUGAAUAUGAACUCUGGAAAUUCCUCCGACACGGAGGAGAAUGUUGAACAUGGAAACGGAAAUCGUAACACGAAUUCUAAUCAGGGAGGUGGAAAUGGAAAUACUCGGUCGAAUGGGGAUAGGAUGGAGUUUCAAGGCACGAUUUCGUGGCUUGAGAAGAGUUUGCCAUUUGUGCUGUUGUUGUUGAGCAGAAUUAUGUGGGAUCAUAGGCUUGGUAUCCUUGUGUUCAUUGGUCUGUGUGGAACAUAUCUUCAUGCCAAUAAUACUGUUAAAAGACAGGUUGCCUUGAAGGAUAGAAGGCUGAUAAGAGUGUCUCUCUGGACAUUUUUGUUUCUUUCUGGCAAUGUGUUCUUUAUUUACUAUGUCUUCUACAAUCAGCACCUGGAAAACUGCCUUGUGUUCAGCAGACCAAGUUUCCAUAAAAUGGAUGUGUGGACUGUAUUUUGGUGUACUGGUAUAACAGAUUUUGUUAUCCGUCUUAUUACAAUGGCUCUCAAAUCAGUUGUAAUCAUCAACCAUAAUAGAGUAAUCCCUUUCAGAAAGAGAGGCAAGUAUUACAUGCUUCUAGAACAUCUAUCUCAGUGCUACAGGAUGCUCGUCCCUAUUCCAUUAUGGUUUGCCUACUUUACAGACUAUAAUUAUGGUGGCGAGUACUUUGCAGUAAUUGCUACAUCAUUAUAUUUAAUUCUAAAGGGUCGUAUGGUGCUAGGGAAGAUAAGAGAGCUUUACAGUGCAUACCAGACCUUCUGUCGUGAUGUGCAAUAUGGUACUGUACCUUCUAAGCAACAAAUGUCUGAAGUCAGCGAUUCUUGUCCAAUCUGCCAAGAGGAACUAACAGACCCUAUCAUGCUCAGAACUUGCAAGCAUAUAUUUUGUGAGGACUGUAUAUCCCUGUGGUUUGACCGGGAGCAGACCUGUCCAAUGUGUCGAGCUAAGGUCGUAGGAGAUCCCACAUGGCGUGAUGGCUCGACUGCUGCAUAUGUUCAGCUCUUUUGAUAGUCGCUUACCUUCCGAAUACAAACUAGAUGGAUGGAUAUUGAAUGAUUUUAAAAUGUGUUAAUAUUAUUAAUAAGAAUUAUUGAUAAAUGAAAGAAAUGUUUUUAGUUAUAA